GGGUCUACCGCGAACGGUGUGUGACUUUGUAUGUACACUGAGCGUAACAGCCAUCGAAUUUCUUUCGCUUUCAUCUAGCGAGGAAUUUUCCACGAAGGCGGCCGUUGCUUUAAACCAUGCUCUCUAGGGUUCAUUCUACGCAUGCGCGUACACUUCACGCAUGCGCUGUAGUUGAACUGCGUUUUGCGACUGAACGCAAAAAAAAACUAAAAAUAAAAAUAAAAAUGGAGCCGAAUUUAUAUCUCGGGCGUUUCCUUCGGAAAGCCCGAGUAAUUACACUUAAUUUUGUCAUCAGUGCCCAAAACGGUUGGUUUAAGAGGAUCAUCCUUUGUAAGGUGAGGGGGAUCUAUACUGUCUGUUAAAACAACCAGCCCACCUCCCUCGGGCUAUUUCACCUACCAUGUGCUAUUUGCUCCGUGUACUUACCCAUGUAUUCGGUUUUAUCCUGUACCUCCGCUGACUCGAAGUGUUUUAUACCUCGCAGGCGUUGCUGUUUGCAGCAUGGGUGUGUAUCAUAAAGUACUUUGACAUGGCCAUUUUUAAAAUCCAGCCCCCAGCAGAAGAUUCUAAAGCCGAUUUCUUCAAGGGACUCACAAUCGUUUCCUGGGUGAUGGUCAUCCUCUUGGCCUUGACGUUUGUGCUAAGUUUUGACAAGCUUUGCAGUCGAUCAUCUCCCUGAACUCUGACGACACUGCUUAUCCAAUUCUUCUUGUCCGUUUUAUUGAGCGUUUGCUGUGCAAUCAUGACACCACAUGCUACAGCUAUCGACUAUGGAAAGGCGUACAAGGAUGUGUACAAGACAUACAAGCCCAACGUGUUAGCCCUUCGGAUUGGGCUGGGGUUCGGUUACAUUUCCUGGAUAAUUUUCAUUGUGGACAUCUACCUUCUUUACAAGUUGUACAGACAGCAAAGGGUAGAGGAGGUUUGUCAUCCACAGCAAGCAGGCCAGCCAGGUGUCGUCCAACAGCCCGCUGUGGUUUUUGUCCCACAAGGCGCGACACAGCAAGUCUACCAACCGCCUACACAUCCGGGACAGCAGCCAGUUCAAUAUCCGGGACAACAGCCUCUCCUGAUGGGGAUGCCUCCGCCAGCUUACAGUCAACAGGUUCCACAAGGAGAGACUCAGAAAUAAAAUAUAACAUUGCCUGCUGCCGAAUUAUGAGAAAUCCGCCAUAUGCGGUGAGAUCUAGUUAUAUUAUAACUUAAAAGCAUCCGGUGUAUAGAAACAAUGCCGUAAAAGAGAACUUAAUUUUCAGCUUUUAGCAUUUUUACAACCCGUAUCAUACAGGUCAGCAACAGGUAGUCACUUUAAAGCACAAUGGCUGUUAUACCAUAACAAAUAUUGUCAUUACAUAUUGUCAUUACAUAUACAUGCCAAUGCUGCACAAAUGUUGGUCAAUGUUGGAACAUUUGACGUUUGUAAGCAGAACAGCUCAGCUGCUUUACAAAUCGGAACAAUACGUGAAGAGAAGUUUUGGUAAAUAUAAUGUAUUACAUCAGCGUGA